GGUCUGAGAAAUGUAAUUUUCCUCCCAAGGAAACUCUAUUGAGCGUUUUUCCACAAUAUAUUUGAGGAGAUGUAAGGGAAAGAUCCAAUAAAAAAACAGCAUACGUCCAGUGAAGUGAACUCAGGUGAGGCACAAUGGCGGCGGACGAUAUGCGCAGGAUAGCAGCGCUGAUGGAGCAGUCACUGAGCGAAAGGGACCAAGACCUCAUGACUUUCCUCAAGCAGAGGUUUGCCAACGAGCUGAAAGCAGAGACCACCUAUGAGCCAGAGAAGGUGAUCACCCGUAGCGACAAGAAGCGCGUCUCCGUUGCGAAGAUAGAUGACCAGGGAAAGAGCAAAUGUGACCGGAGACGGUGCCUGCACAUCACUGGGUUCUUCAGCCCAAUUAACAAGCCAUACAGAAGUGUGGGGUUACUUCACACCGACAAUGUGGACCUAUUCUCCUCCUGGCUCACCCCUGAGGAAUUGAGUGGUCUGAAGGCUCAAUGGGAUAAGAAGUUUGGCGGCAAAAAGGCAGGAAACACAAUCACCUCCAGCAAGUUCAACCAAGAGAAGGCCAAAAAGGAUGAGAGUGUGGCGCAGGGUCCAGUUGAGGACAUGAGGGUGGGAAAUGGUGUGGUGCAGCUGAGGCAGUAUCUGAGGGAGAUGGGCGCCAUCCAGAACACCCUCAGAAGUGGACACCCACUCGUGCUCUGCCUAUGGGAACAGGAUGGAACACUGCAGGCCAAGUCCUCUAGCCAUAGGGUCCCUUCUGCUGAUGCUGAGGCCUUGAAGCCGGUGUCACUGUGUCUGAACGAACAGAUGGACCCCGAGGAUCAGGCUAGACAACAGAGGGCGAACGUCAGGAAUCAGCAGAAUCUUUUAGAGAAGCUGGAGUGGAUCCAUAAGAUACUCUGUGGCAUAACCCACAUGCGCAGCAGGGACCUGAAGACAGUGGUGCCCCUGAACUGUGCCUAUGUCAACAUCAUCAUGAAGGAUACUGAGACAACCAACAUCCUCCUUAGACAGUCAAAUAGCUCCAACAACUCAACAGGGGGAGUUGGGAGUCGGCGCCUGGUAACCAUUGUGCCGGAAGAAAGCCAUAACCUCACAGAAGUGUGGGAGCAGUUUAUUCAGGACACACCUGAGAACAAGAACAGCACUGCACGCUCCACAGGGGGGAAGUCCCAGUAUGCCAGGAAGAAGAUGGGGCUGGACUCAGACACGACUGAUCAGCCUCCCUGGCUCUGUAUACAGCUGGAGGAGAACAGCACCUCCAAGGAGAAGAACAAGCCCCAGAGCAGGCCAAAGGACCAGGGCAGCAUGCUGGAGAAGGCCAAGACCGAGUUCCUGGGCAUCAGGAAAUCACUCGACUACCAGAUCGAGACAGACGUUUUUGAGAAGAAGAAAAACCGUGAGGAGAGGAUGAAGACGCUCCUGAAUGCGUUCAUGGCGUCUAAAACAGGCCCCAUCCUCUCCACGGUCCUCGUCUCUCUCAAGAGCGAGUUCAAGGAGCCCAAAACUACUGGCAGCUUCUGGUUCGACAAGCUGAGGAAUGACGCUGCGAAAUUGGGGGAAGAUAAACAGCUCAUGUUCAAUGACAUCCUGGAGAAAAUCUCACAGUUCCAGAAAUUUAACGUCAAGAAAGUUGCAUACGCCAAGGAAAAGUUCUGCCUGCUCGUCAUCUCCAUCCCGGCCAAUCAGCUUCUCCGCCCCGCCCUCCAGGAGGCCCUCCUCUUCCUGGCCAAUCACGUGCUCCAGGUGCUGCCGCGACAGGUCAGGCAGUGGUAUCAGUACCUCAAGCUGCCCUUCUCUGCCUCCAUGGACAGCUUGAAGUGAAGUGAUGUCUGGGACUGCACUAACACCUGUCUCUCAGACACCUGACGAAGACCAGACAGGUCGAAACGUUGUGCCAAAUUUUCAUUUAUUAAAUCACAACAAGGGA